CCUCCUCAAAGUCGCUGCCUUAAUCCCAUUUGCCAUUGUGCGAGCGCAAUCGCCUGUACUUUCCGCAUUUAACUUGGAUGACAUUUUUAUUUCGUCAUUAGCAUCACGCGCCCGCACAGCGUCUCGCGGUUCGGCGUUCGAGCCCCGGGAUGAUCCAUCUGUCACGCCUGCGCACGUUCCGGCUGCCCCUCCGCCGCCUUCCGUCUCUCUAGUUUUAUUUCACCGCCGAGCAAAGCAAAAAAAAAAAAAAAAAAAAAACAAACAACCCAACACAAAAGAAAGAGAAACAAACAAACCGCCGCCAUGCCCGAGACCACGCAGGAGGCUCCGGCCAAGGACUCGCCCUUCUUUAUCAAGAACCUGCUCAACUGCGAAAGCAAGCCGCCCAGCAAGCCGAAGCCGCCUUCCCCGUCACCGGCGUUGGCGGCCCAGCGGUCGGCCCUGGAGGCUGCCGGGGGCUUCUCCCUGUCGCAGGUGGCCGACUUCGGCUUCCCUCGCUUCGAGCUGCCGGCGCAGCGCUUCACUCUGCCCGCACACUACCUGGAGCGCACCUCGGCCUGGUGGUACCCUUACGCCCUCAACUCCACCGCGCACAUCCACAGAAGUGAAGCCGCCGCAGAGAAGCUGACAGCCAGGGACUCGUCCCCGACGUCGGGCACGGAGCGGGACUCCCCGGAGCUGCUGCUCAAGUCCGAGCCGGAGACCAAAGACGACGACGAGGACGACGACGACGAGCGCGCGGCCAGCAAAAGCGGCGACGAGAUCAUCCUUGAGGAAAGCGAUUCGGACGAGGCCAAGAAGGACGAGCUGGACGACUGGAAGAAGCGCGACGACGACGGCGGCGGCGGCGGCGACGGAGGAGACAAGAAGCCGUGCCGCAAGAAGAAGACCCGCACAGUGUUCUCGCGCAGCCAAGUCUUCCAGCUGGAGUCCACGUUCGACAUGAAGCGCUACCUGAGCAGCUCGGAACGCGCCGGCCUGGCCGCCUCGCUUCACCUGACCGAGACCCAGGUGAAGAUCUGGUUCCAGAACCGCCGCAACAAGUGGAAGCGGCAGCUGGCCGCCGAGCUGGAGGCGGCCAAUUUGAGCCACGCCGCCGCGCAGAGGAUCGUGCGGGUGCCCAUCCUCUACCACGAGAACUCGGCGGCGGACGGCCCGGCGGCCCCCGCCAGCGUGCCCACCAGCCAGCCGCUGCUCACCUUCCCGCACCCGGGCGUCUACUACUCGCACCCCAUCGUCACCUCCGUGCCGCUGCUCAGACCCGUGUGAGAGACAGAGCGAGAGAGAGAGA